AUGUUCACACUAUUCAGCACAUUUACGAAAUAUAGCCUGGCUUGGUACCGACAAAUGAUUGAUUGCUGGGACAAUCCGGCCCCUAAGAUCAACGGCGGUGCAACUGCCACCAUGACUGCAGUGGCCAGAACCUUCCAGAAAUGCACCAUGACCUUUCUCACCGCUUCAAUUGCCAUUCAUAAACACUUUGUGCUGACAAGCCCGACUGGUAGAUCUGUGGGAUCUUAUGCAUUAUCCAUCUGGGUACACAACCUUCGGAACUUCGAGUAUCAGAGCCAGUGGCCACUCCCAGGUGGUGGAUUCGACGAUGUCAUUAUCGUUGGCAGCGGCAGUAAUUGGGGCGAGGUCAUGGAGGCGGCAGCUGCUGCUGGACGGUCUUGUGCCACCGUUGUUACCACAUCCGGUGAAAUCCUGCUCGCGAACGAUCAAGAAAACCAAGACCUCCUGUGGGCCAUUCGUGGUGGUGGACCUGGACUGUAUGGUGUUGUCACCGACACCGCAUACAACACAAGCUGGAUCGGUCUCUCUGCUUUCAUGAAGAGUCUGCCCGACUCGAUGGAUGCCGGAUUGACUGGCAGCGCUUAUAUCUCGGGCGGAUCUGCGAUUGGUGCUUCGUUCGUGAUGACUUAUUUUAGAUACAAUAUGACAUCUGAUAAUAUCACCUCGUUACUAGAGCCCGUGGUUACAACCAUGAAGGCCGUGGACAGCAACAACGACCUUGCCGUCAGCUUGUCUGAUCCGAUCGUAUAUUCAAGUUACAUGGACUUUUUCUACUACCUGCAAACAACCGCUUCUGGUGCUGGCGCUGCCAGUCUUAUCUCGAGCCGCAUAUUAGGUCGUGCUGAUUUGUCUGACCUUUCGAAUUCAAAACUGCAAAAUCACUUACAGAAUAUCAUGCAAACCAACACUGAGGGAGGUGCGUCACAGAUGAUUAUUGGUCUUCAGUGGGGCAUGGGACCUGCGCAGGUGGCGUUUAACAUGCGCGGGGCCUUGAAUCCUGCAUGGAGGACCGGCUAUGUUCAUACUAUCGUCACUGACUAUCCCAUUGAUACGACGCUUGCCCCACAGGACGCGCUGAACGCUGCAGCGGUUUGGACAGAAGAGGUCAAAGAAGCUGACUUUCGAGAUUGGGCGCCGACAGCCGGCGCUUAUCUCAACGAGGCGAACCCUUUUGCCUCAUCGUGGAAGCAAGACUUUUACGGCGAGAACUAUGAUCGUUUGUUGGAACUUAAGGAUAAUUACGACACGACUUACAGCCUCUACGUUACUGCUGGUGUUGGCAGCGACAGUUGGGAUUACAAUCUCACUACUGGAAAAUUGUGCUGUAAGGCUUAG